GGAUAAGACGGGAAAGUUCUCGCUAAUUAAUAUUCAACAGCAGAGGCCCAUGAUUGCAUUGGACUCCUCCCACCUUUUGAGAACACACGUUGAGCUGUCCGGUGUCCACGGUGCUGAGGUUUUCCGGUGAGCUACACCGAAAGUCACGUACGAAUUAUACGACUUAGGCAAUGGAAAAGUAGCGUCUUUACCGACGGACAAUAAGGAAAUACGGAUAAGAAAUUAACAGGAUUACAAUUGUAUCGGAAUGGAAUAACUGUAGUUUGGGAGGAAUGACCUGUACCAUCGAUAUGCACAAAACAGCGUAAGAAGGCUACAUUCAGUGUUGUACAAGGCUGGAUGUCCCUGGGCUAUACAGAGCCUGAGGAGAGACCAUGGCCAAGAUCUGCACAGAGCAGUCUUACCCCACACGCCAUCGACCAUCCAUCCGCACGCCGGAUGCUGAGCUGGACGACGUGGAGAACGGGACCUACAGGGGGCGCUCUCUGUGUGAGGACAACUCCUCAGAGAUGCAGGGGGUCUUGUCUGUGGCCACCAGCAGGCUGCCAGAGUCUCGCAGAAGUUCCUUUGCGGGGGCCGGCGCCAUGGCCAGGCUCUCUCACUUCCUGUUCAUGCUGCGCAACUGGGCGUCUCACAGAAUGCAAGGCGAGGUCGAGCGACCCGAUUCGUUCCUGGAGCGCUUCAGGGGCCCCGAGCUCAAUGAAGCCUCCAGUCGAGAGAGCAACGCCCAGUCUCUGGGCCACCCCGAUCGUCUGAGGAAGAGAAAUGCUGUCGGUCACUGGCCACUGGCCACUUACAAUAUGAACAACUGCAACAACACAGACGACAAAAAAGAAGACAAGAAAGAAGAAAUAAAAAAAGAUGAUGAGAAAAAGGACGAGAAGAAAGAGGACGAGAAGAAAGAGGGGGAUACGAAAGAGGAUGAGAAGAAAGAUGAGAAGAAAGAUGAGAAGAAAGAUGAGAAGAAAGAUGAGAAGAAAGAUGAGAAGAAAGAUGAAAAAAAGGAUGAGAAGAAGGAUGACAAGAAAGAUGAGAAAAAGAAAGUGGAGCCCCCGAAAGAAAUUUGGAUCAUGGACCCCGCUAAUGAUAACUACUACAGAUGGCUGACCAUCAUCGCUGCUCCAACAUUCUACAAUCUGAUGAUGCUUGUGACAAGGGCUUGUUUUAAUGAACUUCAGAACUCUUACACGACUCUAUGGAUGUUUUUGGACCUCACCUCAGACAUCAUCUACUACAUGGACACGUUUGUGAGGUCGAGAACAGGUUUUCUGGAACAAGGCCUGAUUGUGAAAGAUGCCAAGAAACUGAGGGCAAAAUACAGAGAAACGCCUCAGUUCAAAUACGACAUAUUGUCAAUGGUCCCCACAGACAUCCUGAUGUUAAAGUUCGGCUACAACAACCCUGAGCUACGCUUCAACCGCCUUUUCAAAAUGUCCCGACUCUUUGAGUUCUUCGACCGCACUGAGACCAGGACCAGUUUCCCCAACGUCUUCCGUAUCAGCAAUCUCGUACUGUACAUCCUGAUCAUCAUCCACUGGAACGCGUGCAUCUUCUUCGCCAUCUCCAAAACGAUUGGUUUCGGCACAGACACUUGGGUGUACCCCAACAUCAGUCACCCAGAGCAUGGAAGACUGAUCAGGAAAUACAUCUACUGUCUCUACUGGUCCACCCUGACCCUGACCACCAUCGGGGAGACCCCGCCCCCGGUCAAGGACGUCGAGUACCUGUUCGUCGUCGCCGACUUCCUCAUCGGCGUGCUGAUUUUCGCCACCAUCGUCGGUAACGUCGGCGCCAUGAUCUCCAACAUGAACAAGUCGCGCGCCGACUUCCAGGCCAAGAUCGACUCCAUCAAGCAGUACAUGCAGUUCCGUAAGGUCACCAAGGACCUGGAGGCCCGGGUCAUCAAGUGGUUCGACUACCUGUGGACGGAGAAGAAGACCUGCGACGAGAAGGAGGUGCUGAAGAACCUCCCGGACAAGCUGAAGGCCGAGAUCGCCAUCAACGUCCAUUUGGACACCCUGAAGAAAGUGCGCAUCUUCCAGGACUGCGAAGCCGGUCUUCUGAUUGAGCUGGUGCUGAAGCUGCAGCCGCAGGUGUUCAGCCCCGGGGACUACAUCUGCAAGAAGGGCGACAUCGGACGCGAGAUGUACAUCAUCAAGGAGGGGAAGCUGGCGGUCGUCGCGGACGACGGGGUCACCCAGUUCGUGGUGCUUAGCGACGGAGCCUACUUUGGGGAGAUCAGCAUCCUGGGAAUCAAAGGCAGUAAGGCGGGCAACCGGAGGACCGCCAACAUCCGAAGUGUGGGCUACUCUGACCUGUUCGCGCUGUCGAAGGACGACCUGGUGGAGGCUCUGACUGAGUACCCGGAUGCCAAGAAGGCCCUGGAGGAGAAGGGGAAGGCCAUCCUGAUGAAGGACAACCUGAUCGACGAGGCGGUGGCAAACGCCGGGGCCGACCCCAAGGACCUGGAGGAGAAGAUCGACCGUCUGGAGAUCAACCUGGGCACCAUGCAGUCCAAGUUCGCCAAGCUCCUGGCGGAGUUCUCCGCCAGCCAGAUGAAGGUCAAGCAGAGGAUCACCGACAUGGAGGCCACAGUCAAGUCAGUCCGCCCCGAGGAUCUGUCUGAAGUGGUCGCGGACAAAAAGACCCAGUAAUUUCACAGCAGUUUACCCAGAGACUUAACAGUAUAAAAGAAGCAAGAUUUUUGGUUUUCUAAUAUACCUAUUAAUAGCUAGUUUGAUACUUUUCGACUGUACCCAUUUAUAUCCAUUUAUACAUUAAAACCGUGUAUGUAUAUUAUCAUUCAUGCAAUAUGUAUUCUUUGUGUGAAAAAAAGAAUGUGUCAAAACGUUGCUGUACCAUGUAUGCAGUGCAUAUACAUUGCGGUAUGCUGUGAUUAAGAUGUACCAAGCACCCUGAACCACACCGUGGAGACGUUACCUGCAGGGACGGCAGAUACAUUUUGAGGAGUAGAGGACCCACACUUCGUCAAGGACAAAUCCAUCAAACAACCAUAAGUGGUUUUGGGAAUGUACAGUUUUCCUGUCAUGCGAGUUUAGUUCUAUGAAUGAAAUGUUUCACAAUUGAUUGAUUUCCUGUAUGUGUCGAUGCAUUUCGUGUGACGUGUUUGAGCCAGUGUGUUCACGUGGGUUCAUUACCCUCUCACAAUAGUCAGACUCUGUGGGCUGAUCUGUUCACUGGAGGAAAGGUCAAACGAUGUGAAGGAAUAACACAAUAGAUACGAAAGGCUCCCAAUUCAUGUAUGUCCCACAUUGUGUGCUUGUACAGUACUCAUGAAUUUAAGCUACACUGUCAUCAAAGCACGCCAAUGUCUAAUAAACGACGCAAGUAUGAAAUGCAAUGUUGUGUUUUAGCAGAUGUUCGUAUCACAAAAUAUUGAAUAAACGACUUAAAA